AUGGAAAGAGUCAAUGACACCAUUAUCAUCGAAUUCUUUCUGAAGGGAUUUUCCAGCUACCCUAGAUUGGAGAGUCUCUUGUUUGUGCUGUGCCUGGUGAUGUACCUGAUCACCCUGGUGGGUAACGGAAUUAUCAUUGCCAUCAGCAUACUGGAUUCUCACCUCCACACCCCCAUGUACUUCUUCCUCAGUAACCUAUCCUUCCUGGACAUUUGUUACACAUCAACCUUUAUCCCUUUAAUGCUGGUGAACUUCCUGUCUAAAAGAAAAACAAUUUCUUUCAUUGGCUGUGCUGUGCAAAUGUGCCUCUCCCUUGCCACGGGAUCAACAGAAUGUAUUCUCCUGGCCAUGAUGGCAUAUGACCGCUACGUUGCAAUUUGCCACCCUUUGAGGUACCCCAUCAUCAUGAACAAGAAAGUUUGCCUAGGGAUGGCUGCUUUCUCCUGGAUCUUAUCUUUUCUGAAAUCCAUUAUGGAGACAAUAAUUGCCAUGCAGAUGCCUUUCUGUGGACACAAGGUGGUCAGCCAUUUCACAUGUGAAAUCUUGGCCAUCUUGAAACUCAUAUGUGUUGAUACCUCCCUCAGUGAAAUUAUCAUGCUGGUGGGCAGUAUAAUUCUCCUGCCUAUUCCAGUGAUGCUGAUUUUUAUAUCUUAUAUUUUCAUCCUCUCCACCAUUCUGAGGAUGAAUUCGGCAGAAGGGAGACACAAAGCCAUUUCCACCUGUUCAGCCCACCUAACUGUGGUGAUAAUAUUCUAUGGGACCAUUAUUUUCAUGUACAUGAAACCCAAGAGCAAAGAAGCUCAGAUUUCAGAUGAAUUAUUCACUGUUUUAUAUGCUGUGGUGACCCCAAUGUUGAAUCCUAUCAUCUACAGUUUGAGGAAUAAAGAGGUGAAAGACGCUGUCAAGAAAGUACUGAAGAAAAAUUACUUCUCAAUGUGA